AUGUCCAAAUUUACGUGCGGGGAGCAGCGCGGAGGCGGGGGUCAGAGCAGCAGGAGGUGGGGGUCAGAGCAGCAGGAGGCGGGGGUCAGAGCAGCGCGGAGGCGGGGACACCUCCUCCUAAGACACCUCCUCCACAGACACAUCCUCCUCCUCCUCGGACACCUCCACAGACACCUCCUCCUAAGACACCUCCACAGACACCUCCUCCUAAGACACCUCCUCCACAGACACAUCCUCCUCCUCCUCGGACACCUCCACAGACACCUCCUCCUAAGACACCUCCACAGACACCUCCUCCUCGGACACCUCCACACACACCUCCUCCUAAGACAUCUCCACAGGCACCUCCUCUCCAGACACCUGCUCCUCAGACUCCUGCUCCUCAGACACCUCCUCCUAAGACAUCUCCACAGGCACCUCCUCUCCAGACACCUGCUCCUCAGACACCUCCUCCUAAGACAUCUCCACAGGCACCUCCUCUCCAGACUCCUGCUCCUCAGACACCUCCACAGACACCUCCUCCUAAGACAUCUCCACAGGCACCUCCUCUCCAGACACCUCCUCUACAGACACCUGCUCCUUAGACACCUCCUCCUAAGACAUCUCCACAGGCACCUCCUCUCCAGACACCUCCUCUACAGACACCUGCUCCUCAGACACCUCCUCCUAAGACACCUCCUCCUAAGACAUCUCCACAGACACCUCCUCUCCAGACACCUGCUCCUCAGACGCCUGCUCCUCAGACACCUCCUCCUCGGACACCUCCACAGACACCUCCUCCUAAGACAUCUCCACAGACACCUCCUCUCCAGACACCUGCUCCUCAGACUCCUGCUCCUCAGACACCUCCUCCUAAGACAUCUCCACAGGCACCUCCUCUCCAGACACCUGCUCCUCAGACGCCUGCUCCUCAGACGCCUGCUCCUCAGACACCUCCUCCUCGGACACCUCCACAGACACCUCCUCCUAAGACAUCUCCACAGACACCUCCUCUCCAGACACCUGCUCCUCAGACUCCUGCUCCUCAGACACCUCCUCCUAAGACAUCUCCACAGGCACCUCCUCUCCAGACACCUCCUCUACAGACACCUCCUCCUCAGACACCUCCACAGACACCUCCUCCUCAGACACCUCCUCUACAGACACCUCCUCCUCAGACACCUCCUCCUCAGACACCACCUCCACAGACACCUCCUCCUCAGACACCUCCACAGACACCUCCUCCUAAGACAUCUCCACAGGCACCUCCUCUCCAGACACCUGCUCCUCAGACACCUCCUCCUAAGACAUCUCCACAGGCACCUCCUCUCCAGACUCCUGCUCCUCAGACACCUCCACAGACACCUCCUCCUAAGACAUCUCCACAGGCACCUCCUCUCCAGACACCUCCUCUACAGACACCUGCUCCUUAGACACCUCCUCCUAAGACAUCUCCACAGGCACCUCCUCUCCAGACACCUGCUCCUCAGACUCCUCCUCCUCCGACACCUCCUCCUCAGACAUCUCCAGACACCUCCUCCUCAGACGCCUCCUCCACAGACACCUCCUCCUCAGACACCUCCUCCUCAGACACAGCCUCCACAGACACCUCCUCCUCAGACACCUCCUCCUCAGACACCUCCUCCACAGACACCUCCUCCUCAGACAUCUCCAGACACCUCCUCCUCAGACACCUCCUCCACACACACCUCCUCCACAGACACCACCUCCACAGACACCUCCUCCUCAGACACCUCCUCCUCAGACAUCUCCAGACACCACCUCCACAGACACCUCCUCCACAGACACCUCCUCCACAGACACCACCUCCACAGACACCUCCUCCUCAGACACCUCCUCCUCAGACAUCUCCAGACACCUCCUCCUCAGACGCCUCCUCCUCAGACACCUCCUCCACAGACACCUCCUCCACACACACCUCCUCCUCAGACACCUCCUCCUCAGACACCUCCUCCACAGACACCUCCUCAGCUCAGAUUCAACUCACCUGUAGCGCCCUCUGCUGGCGAGGCCUCUGCUGCUGAAGCACCAGACGUGUCAGAGCCCUGA